UUCUUUGGUUUGUUAAGCCCCAUUAGAUGCAUGGCAUUUGGGUUUUGAUGGGGUUUGGAUCUUCAUUUGGGUUGUGUUUGAUACCUUGUCCUUCUAUUCUCGAACCUCAUUAGAAUUUGUUUUCUUCUUCAUCCCCUUUGUUAAAACUUUCUUCUUAAACAACCCAAAUUAGAGUUUUUGGAGCUCCUGUUCUUUUCAUUUCAGUUUGUAAAAUAUGUUUUUCUUUGCGGUUACGGGGAGGUAAAUAGAUAAGGAAGCUUCUGUUGAUGGAUUGAAAAUUUGGAGUCUCUAGGGUUUUAUUUAAAUUGAAUCUAUCUUAAGGUCCUUCUUUUUUUUCUCCUUGAAAAAAUUAAAAUUUUCGUUUUUAGUAUUUGUAGAGAAAUGAGUUGCUUUUCAUGUUUUUCAUCAAGUAAAGCAGCCAAACAUUCUAACAAUGGAAAGAAGGUACAUCAGCCUGCUUCUCAUUCUCCUAAAGAAUCAGCUCACUCCCAAAAAGAGAAUCACAAUAGCAAGGCAAAGACAAACCAUCAAACAGAACCUAAAAUAAACAAGGAGGUCAAUAAAGAUAACGGGAACCACAAUAUUGCUGCUCAAACCUUCACCUUCAGGGAAUUGGCUAAUAUCACAAAGAAUUUCAGGCAAGAAUGCCUAAUAGGAGAAGGUGGUUUUGGGAGGGUUUACAAAGGAAAACUUGAAAAAACCAACCAGGAAGUAGCUGUGAAGCAACUUGACAGGAAUGGAUUACAAGGAAACAGAGAAUUUCUUGUUGAAGUUCUAAUGUUGAGUCUUUUGCACCAUAAAAAUCUGGUGAAUCUAAUUGGAUAUUGUGCUGAUGGAGAUCAAAGAUUAUUGGUCUAUGAGUACAUGCCAUUGGGAUCCCUUGAGGACCAUCUUCUUGAUCUUGAUCCACGACAAAAGCCUCUAGAAUGGUUCCACAGAAUGAAAAUAGCUUUGGAUGCUGCAAAAGGUCUAGAAUAUUUGCACGACAAAGCCAAUCCUCCAGUGAUCUACCGUGACUUGAAAUCAUCAAACAUCUUAUUGGACAGAGAAUUCAAUGCAAAACUCUCCGAUUUUGGACUUGCAAAGUUGGGUCCUACAGGAGACAAAUCUCAUGUAUCUUCAAGAGUAAUGGGUACUUACGGAUACUGUGCUCCGGAAUAUCAAAGAACUGGUCAGCUAACUGUAAAAUCAGACGUAUACAGCUUUGGAGUAGUUUUGCUUGAAUUGAUCACCGGAAGGAGAGCCAUUGACAACACAAGAAAAGCGCAAGAGCAAAAUCUCGUUAAUUGGGCACAUCCAAUAUUCAAGGAGGCAAACAGAUACUCAGAAUUAGCAGACCCAGUUCUUGAAGGAAAGGUUCCAGUGAGAUCCUUGAACCAAGCAGUGGCAGUAGCAGCCAUGUGUUUGAACGAGGAGCCAUCAGUGAGACCUUUGAUCAGUGAUGUUGUGACUGCCCUUAGUUUUCUUGGGACACCCCCAAAGGGUGAAGAGGUCCCAGGAGCAUCUCCUGUUCCCAUGCCCUCCCCAUCACACGAUCAACAACAACAACCCACCAAUGCCUCUUCCAAUCUUCUUGAUCAAGACAUCGCUGCCAUCGAACGCCAAAGAGCAGUUGCUGAAGCCAUCGAAUGGGGCAACAAUUCUAGGAACAAAGCACCGCACCGUCAAACUCCUCCAUCUUUGUAAAUCCACUGCACUUAUAUUCUCAUAAUCUCACUCUACUAUGUAUAUAACUAUAUGUAUACACGUAAAUCUCUGGUUUUUCGCCCAAGUCCAACCACAAAAAGGAUGUGUCAUCACUCAGAACUCCAACGCUGUUUCUACAACACACAAAAACAAAAAUCGUGAGCUUUUUCGCUGCAAAGAGUUGGUGUUGUAUGAUCCAUGGCCCCUCUAUAAACUUCCGAACGCUGGUAUCAUCUAUUGGGAUAAAUUUUUUCGGAGUCCCUAUGAAGUUGUUAUGAUGUAGCAUUUUCAUUCUCAAUGAACCAUGACAAAAACCAGUUAUAUAAAAAGUGCAUCCUUUUAUGUAGUAGUAGAAUGGAAAACCUGGUGUGAAGUAAUUUACUGCUUUGUAGUGUUAAAA